AUGGCAGAUACAAAGCGCUAUAAUGCACUCAACCUCGCGCAACCAACCAAUUUCCGAGCAAUGUUGUCCUCCGAGGGGUUGCUCUGGGGCACAGCCUGUCGAAUACCUCAUGAAGAGGCCGCGAGAAUUGUUGCCACACUUCCCCAUCACUUUUGUUUCAUCGAUGCCGAGCAUACUCCACUAAGUGCAACUCUGCUCGCAAGCAUCGUACGAAUAAUCAACCAGUUCUCCAAUGGCUCCAUGGUCCCCGUCGUCCGGAUUCCCGAAAACUCCACGGAUCUAAUAACCUACGCUCUGAAUGCCGGAGCUGGUGGAAUCAUCAUGCCACACGUGCAAAACGCUGCACAGGCUGAAAGAUUGGUCCAGUUGACGAAGUUCCCCCCCAUUGGGAUUCGAAGUUAUCCGCCCUCGGCACUGUUUGGCGAUCAAUUGCGAACAGAACCCGGGCAGACCGUGUUUGAUGUGUGGGAUAACCAUACGGCUGUGUUUUGCCAAAUCGAAGAUGUGGAGGGCGUGAAGAAUAUUGAGGACAUUGCCAAAGUGCCCGGAGUGGACGCCCUAAUGGUUGGGGCUACUGAUCUCAGGUUCUCUAUGGGUUUACCGCGUGGCAGUCCCGAUGGCGAUGAACCUGUGUUUCUCUCAGCGUUGAAUAAAAUCCAGCGCGCGGCUGACGCAAAUGGACUGGCAGUGCUUGGUUUUGCAGCGACGCCGGAUGUUCUGGAAAGAAGAAUCAGGCAGGGUUGGAAGGCCUUUGUCGGCAUUGGGGAUUCAGCAUCGAUUUUCAAAGCUGGGAGCCAGCAAGUGAAGGAGUACGAGAUAUUGUCCAGGAGAAUCCGGGACGAGUCUAAGCUUUGA